GCUCGGAUCGCCACCGCUCCAAUGGGCCGGCGGCGCCCUCACCAUGUCCUCUUCCAUUCACUCCAGCGGGGAGAGAAGAGGGAAAACAAAACUCUAAAAAUAACUGUCAGCCUCUUAAAAAAAGGAAAGCUUAGCUGCCACCGCCCCCCCCCCGACCCCGCGCUCCCGCCCGUCUCUUCUCCCUCCUCCCGCCCCCCCUCGUGGGGCACAUGUCUGCUUCUUACAACACCGAGCCACAUGGUUCCAGUUAGGCGCCGAACCCCACCAGGACGGAGAGGAAAUCCACAUCUGUGGGACGCUCCGCACGGAACCACCUCCAGCCAGGGAGGCCGGGGGACUGCAGCACCGAGAUGAAGGGCUAGACCGCGGGAUCGCUGCUUACGCGACGGCCGGGAGCGCCUGCGAGCUGGAUUUGGUGGAGGAUGCUGCGGCAGGUGCUUCGCAGAGGGCUCCAGUCGUUCUGCCACAGGCUGGGCUUGUGCGUGAGCCGGCACCCGGUCUUUUUCCUCACCGUGCCCGCAGUCCUGACCAUCACCUUCGGCCUCAGCGCGCUCAACCGCUUCCAGCCCGAGGGCGACCUGGAGCGCCUGGUCGCGCCCAGCCACAGCCUGGCCAAGAUCGAGCGCAGCCUGGCCAGCAGCCUUUUCCCCCUGGACCAGUCCAAAAGCCAGCUGUAUUCGGACUUACACACCCCCGGGAGGUAUGGCAGGGUGAUCCUCCUCUCCCCACCCGGGGACAAUAUUUUGCUCCAGGCUGAGGGCAUCCUGCAGACACACCGAGCCGUGCUGGAAAUGAAGGAUGGGAGGAGCAGUUUUAUUGGACACCAGCUGGGCGGAGUAGUGGAAGUGCCAAACAGCAAGGACCAGCGGGUCAAGUCAGCCAGAGCCAUUCAAAUCACCUACUACCUCCAGACCUAUGGCUCUGCCCCCCAGGACCUCCUGGGGGAGAAGUGGGAGAAUGAGUUCUGCAAGCUCAUGCGGAGGCUCCAGGAGGAGCGCCGGGGCCUCCAGCUCUACUCCUUAGCAUCCUUCAGCCUCUGGAGAGACUUUCACAAGACCAGCAUCCUGGCCAGGAGCAAGGUCCUGGUGAGCCUCGUGCUGAUCCUGACCACGGCCACCCUCUCCAGCUCCAUGAAGGACUGUCUGCGGGGCAAGCCCUUCCUGGGCCUCCUGGGGGUGCUCACCGUGUGCAUCUCCAUCGUCACGGCAGCUGGGGUUUUCUUCAUCACCGACGGAAAGUACAACUCCACCCUGCUGGGAAUCCCGUUCUUCGCCAUGGGUAAAUAUCCAUCCUUGUGGUAA